AUGGCGCCGCAGGUUACCAGUUGGGAGGAACUGCUUUGGGUGUCUGAAGAAGUCGACGAGGACACCGGGGACUUCCAAUACACCAUGUUCGCAACGGUGGAGGACGACGUGAUAUACUACGGCCAGUUGAACCAGCCCAAGGCGGACAUCUUGUUUCAGCAUACCCCCGACUGCCUUGCGCGAAUUCCCGACGAGGAAAUCUUUCCCCGCUGGCCCCAGCGCCUCACCCAAACAUCGUCGGGUACCAUGGCUGCCGUGUGCGACGGGAAGAUCACAGGGGGGGGUCUGGGGAGCAGCCAGGCAUACACGUUCCGGGAUUCCGCAAAUUCCUCAGCGUUGGGCGAGUGA